ACACGCGCCCCCUCCCUCCCCGUCGCCGCCAUGCCGGCCGAUGCCAAGCCUCGCGCCCUCCUGCCCGUCCGGCCGCUCCUCCUCCUCUCGAUCCCCUUCCUCUCCCUCCUCCUCCUCUACGGCUACUCCUCGUCGACCCCUCCCCUCUCCUACGCCGCGGCCGUCCGCGCCUCCCCGCCCAACCCCCACAUCCGCAUGCGCCGCGGGGCCGCCUUCCGCUCCUACGACGACUACCUCCGCCACCAGCUCAACAAGACCCUCGACCCGCGCCUGCGCCACGUCUGGGCCACCCGCGACUGGCGCCGCAAGGUCGACGCCUUCGCGCGCGCCUUUCGGGCCCUCCAGGCCGAGGGCCUCCUCUCCAACGCCUCCCGCGCGCUCUGCGUCGGCGCGCGCCUCGGCCAGGAGGUCGCCGCGCUCCGCCUCGUCGGCGUGUCUGACGCCGUCGGCAUCGACCUCGCCCCGGCGCCGCCGCUCGUCGUCAGGGGCGACUUCCACGCGCAGCCCUUCGGCGACGGCGCCUUCGACUUCGAGUUCUCCAACGUGUUCGACCACGCGCUCUACCCGGACCGCUUCGUCGCCGAGAUCGAGCGCACGCUGCGCCCGGGCGGCGUCGCCGUGCUGCACGUCGCGGUGCACCGCCGCGGGGACAAGUACUCGGCCAACGACCUGCUCGACGUCGACGGCCUGCUCGCGCUCUUCCGGCGGUCGGAGGUGGUCAGGGUCUCCAAGGUCGACGCCUUCGGCCUGGACACCGAGGUCGUCCUCCGCAAGAAGAGGUCACCCUAGCAACACACACCACCAUGCAUCCAAACCCAAUUCUCAAACCACCACACAAUCCAACUUGCAAAGAAACUGAAAAUUCUCUGUGUACACCGAAUUUUCUGGAUCGAUCUGUUACUGUAGGAGUAGGUUGUUGAUUCUUUGGUGGGCACGCAUUGCAUCCAUCCAUUAGGAAUUAUUAUUUACUAGACAAGAUAUGAGAAAUUUUCGGACGAAAAGAUGAUGAAAGAAAAAAUUAAAGGAAAAAGCGGUGAGUAGGUUUUCAGUUUCCCAUCUUUUCUGGAUCACUUUUGUUCUUCUUGUCUUCUUUUAGUUAUUCUCUUUUUAACUUUCUGAGAAGAACGUUUGAUCGAUUUGGGUGUAGUGCGCGUGACUAGAGACACUGAUGGAGCAGCAUAAUUGUGCCCGUGCAGGGCUAGAAAAUGAUGGUCACAUUUGCACAAGACAGUACUAGAAGCAGUAUUGUUUCUUCUUGUACGUUGGUGCUGUAAUAUAGAGAUAGUACACAGAUGUUUGGAACCUUGAUGGUUAGCAUGCUUACAUAUCCAUAUGGUGUGCUUAAUUACCACUGUUAGGUCUGGAGAGAAGUGAAGAUCCACGAUCAGAACAGGACAUUGAGAAUCAUCUGUAGCUUAAGCAAACCUCAUCUACGUUUUUUCAGCGUCGGGGAACGAGGUAAUGCAAUUGAGUCAGUUGUACUUGGAUU